AAUUGUGUUCUAGAGAUCAUGGGUCCUUGUUGGAGUCUUGUUGGACCAUUGGAAUAACUCCAUUUUUUAGUAUUAAUUAAAUUUGACACGAUUUAUUUGAUCGAAUUUUGAUUCGUUGUGUAACCUAUUUUGUUCUUUUAAGUUCAAAUCCGUCUUUAAAUAAGGAAAGAAAGAGAAGGAUUUGGAGCUGAAUAUGAUAGGAACAAUAGAGCAUUGAAAAAUUAGUUUUUUGUGGAGUUACGGGGUCUACUUAAUAAAGGGCGGGGCAUUUGUCAUCAUUUAUUUGCUCCCCAAAUCAUUUCUUCGCCAAAAAUUAGGGCUCCUUGCGUCUCGAUCCUCUCCAUCGACAAAAAUGCUCAAACGGCCAUCACUGCCGUCGAUUCAGUUCAUUUAUUGAUAUUUUUGAGGACGAUUUUCUGAAGAGAAUUGGUUCCUUGAUUUUCGACCAAGCCCAAAACUAGGAUCUUUCGAGGUUAUAAAUUAUAACGAAAUGGGUGCAUUCAUAUCGAGAUUUUGGUUCAUGUUGUUCCCUGCGAAGGAGUACAAGAUUGUGGUUGUUGGGUUGGAUAACGCGGGCAAGACCACGACGCUUUACAAAUUGCACUUAGGAGAGGUAGUCACUACUCACCCUACUGUUGGAAGCAAUGUUGAGGAACUUGUCUACAAGAACAUUCGAUUCGAGGUCUGGGACCUUGGUGGUCAAGAAAGGCUGAGGACAUCAUGGGCAACAUAUUACCGUGGAACUCAUGCUGUUAUUGCAGUGAUAGACAGCACUGAUAGGGCCAGGAUUGGCAUUAUGAAGGAGGAACUUUUCAGGUUGCUUGGACAUGAGGAUCUUCAACACUCUGUUAUACUUGUUUUUGCAAAUAAACAAGACCUCAAGGAUGCGAUGAGCCCAGCUGAAAUUACUGAUGCCCUUUCUCUACACAGCAUCAAGAAUCACGAUUGGCACAUUCAAGCCUGCUGUGCAAUUAACGGUGAAGGGCUCUAUGAUGGUCUAGGGUGGAUCGCUCAGCGAGUUACUGGGAAAGCCCCAAGCUGAUUGUGUGAUCAAGUAACUAAUACUGCGUUUUUUGUUUUUUUUUUCCCCUUUUUCAGAUGCUUGAAAAAAAGAGAGGAUGAAAUGGUAGCAUCUUUUCUGUACCUUUUUAGUGUGCGAGUGAUGCUACUCUUCAUCAAAUCUGUAGAUUCUUUUUGACAUUUCUAUUUGUCCUGAAGAAUUUGUAUGUUCUGUGAAUUGAAGCAUUUCAUUAAACAUUUGUCAAUGAGGAAAAAAAAUUUUGCUAGAAAAUUGUAAAACUUUUUGCACAAUGGAGCAUUACAUCGAAUGCCAGUGGCUCUCUAUUGGAA